AUGAUAAAAACACAGCUGGAACAAGAGAUCCAAAGGAUCUCAGAGGCCUACGACACUCUGAUGAAAGGCUGCGCUAAAAGAGAGACUCUAGAGCAUGUGCUUAGAAACAAGCUGAUGGCUGAGAUCAAGAGGCUGCAGCAUUCAAGCAUUCAAGCGGCAAAAGAAGCCGAAGCGGCUGACCAGAACCAGCAUGUUAUUGAGAAGCUCCUUCUGCAGAAUGAAGAACAGCAGCUUCAGUGUGCACAUCUGGAGCAGGAGGUUCAGCAUCUGCGAAACGAAGUGGAGAACCAUCAGUGCAGAAGCGAGGCCCUGGAGAUGGCACUGAGGUCCACGCAGACACGCAGCCAGCAGAUGUGGAUGGAGCUGCAGAGGAAGAGAGCGUAUGUGGAGAAGGUUGAGCGUCUGCAGGGGGCUCUAACUCAGCUGCAGGCGACCUGCGAGAAAAGAGAAGGGCUGGAAACACGCCUGAGGACACGGCUGGAGCAGGAACUGCGGAGCCUCCGAAAUCAGCAGCGGCAGCCACAGUCAGUCUGCAGAGCGUCCCACGUGAGUGUCUUCACACUGCAAGAGCUUCUGCGGGAGAAAGAAGAACACAUUCUGUCGCUGGAGGCCGACAAGACGCGCUGGGAACAGAAAUACUUGGAGGAGAAGACCAUGAGGGAGUUUGUGAUGGAUGCCGCUGCCACUGCUGCAGCUCAGAGAGACACAACCAUCAUCAACCAUUCGCCCUGCCAUUCGUUCAUUGAGGAGCUCCCAUCAUCUGAGUACAGGAACCAGGAGUUAGAAAACAGGAUCCGUGCCCUGUACUCCCAAAUCCUGGAGAAGGACACAGUGAUUAGCAUCCUGAAGCAGAAGCUGCAGCAGGAGCAGAAGAGAGAGUCAGGUGCUGAGCCCUUCAUCACCAUCGCUCAUUCAACGGUCACACACACUGCCCAGGGCAAAGGGAAGAUUCAUUCCAGUGACCCGGCGAUUGGUACGUCCCAUUUGUCGCUCGCUCCGGUAGCAGCCCUGGGACAACCUGAACCAGUUCUGUUAGAGAAACAGAUGACAGAUCAAACCUCCCACAUUGAGACCAGCUCUGAUAACAUUCAGAAAGCACCAUCUGCUGUGGACCUUUUCAAGGGCCUGGAUGAUGUGACGGCUGAAGCAGUGGAGAUCUUCAUUUGAUGAAGAACACUUGGACAAACUGCCCUGCAAAAUAAAUGUUGAGGAGCUCUGGGAGAGAUUAAAUGACACCAAAUCACAAUACUGUUGUGAAGCAAGAGUCCAGAUAAACAGCAGAGCUGCUCAAAAAUCUCAUGUGAAAGAGGGAGCUGAGCUCUUCUCUUAAAACUACAUCUCCAGUCUGCUAUGUUUUGAAAGAUAAGACAGUAAACUGAAUUACAGAGAUGUUUGCUGCUGGUGAGAAUCCUAUAUUUUUUGGUAUUUACAGCCGUCCCGUACAGGAGGGUGGACACAAACUACUAAACUGUCCUCACUAUUGCAUUGUCCCUCGUCUCAGAAAACCUGUGGUAACUUCACCACAUUCCAGUUCAGUUGACUUUCUUCUUGAGGCUGAUGCUCUUACAUGUAUCUUUUCCACCCCACCUUUAUCGAUUGUUAUAAAUGGUUACAUUUUUCUCAUGUUUUUCUAUUUAUGGCUGCUACGCCCUUCAGCAAAGUUAUUCUUUUACAUUGCAUUUCUAGGAUCGGCAUGCUUAACACUGUCACGAUGUGCGAGACAAAAACAUUAUAUAGACCUAGUAGUCUAAAAGAACUGUA